UUUGACUUUGAAACAUGGCUGCAGCUGCUGUUGUAAACACAGCCGGUGUACUCUGAAUGUGUGCUCUGCGGACAUUUUCUGUCUCAUUAUUCUAUAUUUUCUCAGAAGACUGUGGUUUAUAGAGUUGAGCGGACAUGUCUGAUAAGGAGGCCGGUAAAGCGAGCGAGGCUCCCGCUGAGAAAGGCUACAAGACUCCCGGGCUGAGAGGCGCACAGACUACCACUCUGUUCAGAGCUGUCAACCCUGAACUCUUCAUCAAGCCUAAUAAACCAAUGAUGGCGUUUGGACUGAUCACCAUCACCUUGUGUGUGGGUUACCUGGGCUACAUGCACGCAAUGAAAGAGAACGACCAGCAGAUUUAUGAGGCCAUCAACAGUGAAGGAGAGAGAUACACGAGGAGGAAGACUUCUAAAUGGGACUGAUGGCAGAGUGUUGUGUUAUAGACUGAGCGUUUGUAUGUUUGUGAUGACAGAGUGAAUUAAAACCUGACUGGACUGAAACAAAGACA